GCACUCGCCUCUCGGCGCUCGAUUGCGAGUGCCUUGUCACGUGGGCGCCUGCCUCUCCCACCCCUGACUCUGACGUUCUUAGCAACCGGCCCUUACCUCCGUUUCCAGGGACGCGCGCCUCCAACUUCCGGUCUCGAGAGGCGUGCGGGGGACCCUGACUCGGGAAUCCAGCUCCGGGCGGCCUCACCAGACCGGGACUCGGAGGCGCGGGAGCCUGGAGAUGAGCAGCGAUGACUCCUCUCUUAUGGCUGGGAUCAUUUACUAUAGCCAGGAGCAGUACUUCCAUCACGUGCAGCAGGCCGCAGCCUCGGGCCUGGAAAAAUUCAGCAAUGACCCCGUCCUACAGUUCUUUAAAAUCUACGGGAUCCUCAGGGAAGAGCACAUCCAGGAUGCCAUUAGCAACCUGGAGAGUAUCCGGAAUCAUCCAGAUGUGUCCUUGUGCUCCAUCAUGGCCCUCAUUUAUGCUCACAAGUGCUGUGAAACCAUUGACCGAGAAGCCAUUCAGGAGCUGGAGAGCAGCCUGAAGGAAAUCCGCAAGACAGCCAGCGCAACGGCCAUGUACUACGCGGGCCUCUUCCUCUGGCUCAUGGGGCGCCACGACAAGGCCAGGGAGUACAUCGACCGCACCCUGAAGCUCUCCAGCAGCUCCAGAGAGGGCUAUGUGCUCCGAGGCUGGGUGGACCUCACCUCAGACAAGCCCCAUACCUUGAAGAAAUCCAUCAAGUACCUAGAACAAGGACUGCAGGACGGCAAAGAUGUGCUGGGACUGAUGGGAAAGGCGACCUACUUCAUGUUGCAGCAGAACUACUCAGGAGCACUGGAGGUGGUGAACCAGAUCACUGUCACCUCGGGGAGCUUCCUGCCUGCCCUGGUCCUAAAAAUGCGGCUGUUCUUGGCUCGGCAGGACUGGGAGCAGACAGUCGAAAUGGGACACAGAAUUCUAGAAAAUGAUGAGUAUAAUAUCGAUGCCUGCCAAAUCCUAGCCAUGCAUGAGCUUGCAAGAGAAGGAAACAUGACCACAGCUACCAACCAUGUUAGAAAUCUGAUUAAGGCACUGGAGAUAAAGGAGCCUCAAAAUCCAAGCCUCCAUCUUAAAAAAAUUCUUGUGAUUAGCAGGCUGUGUGGGAAACAUCAGGCGAUUCUCCGGCUGGUGUGCCCCUUCAUGGAGCGUGCAUUCGUGGCCACACCCUCCUAUGCCCAUGUGGCCACAGAGCUGGGCUACCUCUUCAUCCUGCACGACCAAGUGAGGGAGGCGUCUCAGUGGUACUCGGAGGCCAUGAAACUGGACGGGAGCAGUGUGGCUGCCUUAACAGGGCUCAUCUGGUGCCAGAUCCUGGACGGCCACCUGGAAGAGGCAGAGCACCAGCUGGAAUUCCUGAAGGAGGUGCAGCAGUCCCUCGGGAAGUCUGAGGUGCUGCUUUUCCUCCAGGCCCUCCUGGCAUCCCGCAAGCACAAGGGAGAGCAGGAAGCCACUGCCCUCCUGAAGGAGGUCGCAGAGUUGCAUUUCUCCAGCAUGCAGGGACUCCCCCUAGGCUCUGAGUACUUCGAAAGACUGGACCCCCACUUCCUGGUCUGUCUCGCCAAGGAGUACUUGUUCUUCUGCCCCAAGCAGCCCCGGUCACCAGGCCAGAUUGUGUCUCCGCUCCUUAAACAAGUCGCCAUGAUCCUGGCUCCUGUAAUCAAAGCAGCGCCAGCACUGAUCGACCCCCUGUAUGUGAUGGCUCAGGUCAAGUACCUCUCAGGAGAGUUAGAGAAUGCCCAGAGCACCCUGCAGCGCUGCCUGGAGCUGGACCCUACCUCCGUGGAUGCCCACCUCCUCAUGUCCCACAUCUACCUGGCACAGGGCAAUUUCGCCAUGUGUUCCCACUGCUUAGAGCUAGGCGUCAGCCACAACUUCCAGGUCCGAGACCACCCCCUCUACCACUACAUCAAGGCCAGGGCCCUCAACAAGUCUGGGGACUAUCCAGAAGCCAUAAAGACCCUGAAAAUGAUCAUAAAAUUGCCAACUCGGAAGACAGAAGAAGGCAAGAAGUUCCGCGGGCCCUCCGUACAGCCCAGCGAGCGGGUGUCCAUCUUACUGGAACUGGCAGAUGCCCUCCGGAUGAAUGGGGAGCUGCAUGAGGCCACUAAGGUCAUGCAGGACGCCAUCAAUGAGUUCAGCGGCACACCAGAGGAGAUCCGCAUCACCAUUGCCAACGUGGACUUGGCCCUGAGCAAGGGGAAUGUGGACAUGGCACUGAGCAUGCUGAGGAACAUCACGCCCAAGCAGCCCUGCUACACAGAAGCCAAGGAGAAGAUGGCCAACAUCUACCUGCAGACCCGCAAAGACACCCGCCUCUAUAUCGGCUGCUACCGGGAGCUCUGUGAACAUCUGCCUGGUCCCCACACCAGCCUGCUGUUGGGUGAUGCUUUCAUGAACAUUCAAGAGCCUGAGAAGGCCUUGGAGGUUUAUGACGAGGCCUAUAGAAAGAACCCACACGAUGCAUCCCUCGUCAGCAGGAUUGGGCAAGCCUAUGUGAAAACCCACCAGUACACCAAGGCAAUUAAUUAUUAUGAGGCUGCCCAGAAGAUCAGUGGACAGGACUUACUGUGCUGUGAUCUGGCUGAGCUGCUCCUGAAGUUAAAGAAAUUCAACAAGGCAGAGAAAGUUCUGAAACAAGCACUGGAACAUGACUCUGUCAAGGACAUCCCAUCCAUGAUGAAUGAUGUCAAGUGCUUGCUUUUGCUGGCAAAGGUUUAUAAGAGUCAUAAAAAAGAAGACGUGAUGGGAACUUUGAACGAGGCCAUGGACCUCCAGUCUCGGAUACUGAAGCGUGUUCCACUGGAGCAACCAGAAAUGAUCCCCUCCCAGAAGCAACUGGCAGCCUCCAUCUGUGUCCAGUUUGGGGAGCACUACCUGGCAGAGAAGGAGUUUGCCAAGGCAGUGCGUUCUUAUAAGGAUGCCCUCUUCUACUCGCCCGUUGACAGUAAGGUGGUGCUGGAGCUGGCGCAGCUCUUCCUGCUGCAGGGACAGCUGGACCUGUGUGAGCAGCACUGUGCCAUCCUCCUACAGUCUGAGGAGCACCACGAGACUGCCUCUGUGAUGAUGGCUGACCUGAUGUUUAGAAAACAGAAAUAUGAAGCUGCUGUCGAUCUCUACCACCAAGUCCUGGAGAAAGCGCCAGACAAUUUUUUGGUACUGAAUAAACUAAUUGAUCUGCUAUGGAGAAGUGGCAGACUUGAAGAUGCCCCUGCCUUCUUUGAAUUGGCCAAGAAGAUGUCCAGCCGCAUUCCUUUGGAGCCAGGCUUCAACUACUGCAGAGGCAUCUACUGCUGGCACAUAGGGCAACCCAACGAAGCACUGAAGUUCCUAAACAAAGCGCGCAAGGACAGCUCGUGGGGCCAGAGUGCCACCUACUACAUGGUGCAGAUCUGUCUGAACCCAGACAACGAGAUCGUGGGCGGAGAGGCUUUUGAGAACCUGGUGGCUGAGAGCAACUCCACCGACAGGAAGGGCUCUUUGGAGCAGCAUGGUGUGCGCACCGCGGAGAAGCUGCUGCGUGAGUUCUACCCGCACUCGGCCCGGGGCCAGACCCAGCUGCGACUGCUGCAGAGUCUCUGCCUGCUGGCCACCAGGGAGAAGGCCAACGUGGAGGCGGCGCUGGGCACCUUCAUCGAGAUGGCGCAGGCCGAGAAGGAGAGUGUCCCCGCCCUGCUGGCCAUGGCACAGGCCUACGCGCUGCUGAAGCAGGUCCCCAAGGCGCGCACGCAGCUGAAGCGUCUGGCCAAGGCCCCGUGGGCGCUGGAUGAGGCCGAGAACCUGGAGAAGAGCUGGCUCCUACUGGCGGACCUGUACUGCCAGGGCGGCAAGUUCGACCUGGCGUCGGAGCUGCUGCGGCGCUGCGUGCAGUACAACAAGUCCUGCUGCAAGGCCUAUGAGUACAUGGGCUUCAUCAUGGAGAAGGAGCAGUCCUACAAAGACGCAGCCACCAACUACGAGCUGGCCUGGAAGUACAGCCAUUACGCCAACCCUGGCAUUGGCUUCAAACUCGCUUUCAACUACUUGAAGGACAAGAGAUUUGUGGAGGCCAUUGAAGUCUGCCACCAUGUAAGCCAUUGUUCUCAGAGAGCAUCCUAAUUACCCCCAGAUCAGAGAAGAAAUUUUGGAAAAGGCCCAAGGGUCUCUGAGGCCCUAGCUGUGGUCAAUGGGAGCCAGGGUGGGUGGAAGCCAUCAAGAUAUAGAAGUUUCUUGGAGGGGUUGGGAAGUGGGGCGGGGGAGAAGAGAUUCAGAAAAUGACAUAUUCUUACCCGUUUCUCUAUUGUGUGUGGUUUAUUUGAAUCAUGCCUCAUCUGGUCUAAGGGCAUCCCAAAGCUUUGUGUUUUUAAGGCACAAGAGGCACUUUUGCUCUGAGGAGAAGAGAGAUCCACCAGCUUAACUUAUGCUGGGCUCACUGGGCACCUUCUGUUGGGCUCCAUUUUUAUUCCAGACUCUGUGAGGGAGCAGAGGGGAACAAAGAGGCGGUUUGGGGAAAAAAACAAAAACAAAACUCCCUACAUCUAUUUUCAUAUUAUUAUGUUAGUUUAUAAAUGCCUCCCCUCUCCUAUCUGGUCUUCAGACCUCCAGAGCUCAAGAAGCGACUCCCCACAGCAUCCUGCCCAGCUGGGGCACAGGACGACCAGCGUGGAAGGUCCCACAGCUGAGGCUGUGUGAGGGAGGCCAUCAUCCCAUAGGCUGUGGAGGCCCUUGGCUCACUCUAUCCAUACAUUCUGUCUCCUCCCCAGGUCCUCCGCUGGCCUCUGCUGCUCCUCACUGGUUUGGGACAAACCCGAUUACCCAUGACUGGUACAGCCCAAGAAAAAAAUAGCUCCCCCUUCAGAUUUUCUAAAAGACACUGACCAACAGAUUUAUCCUCCAGAAACCUUUUUCACGCCUCGGAGGACAAAAGCAAUGGUCCCUAUUUAGAGGAAUUAUGUUACUUGUAACUGGCAAGAGAGUGGCAGAGUUCAGUUUUGCUGCAGCUCCCAACACUUCUCUUCUUGUUUUUCAUGAUGCCAGUAACAGGCCCAGUUUGGCCUCAGAGGAAGGAACUCUGAACUGGGAGUCAGGACUGUGACCUUCCCAAGAGCUUCUGCUCUGUGGACUUCAGUGUCCCCCUCUGUGGUAGGAAAUUAGAUGAGAUGUGCCUGUCCCCAAACCAUGAUACAAAUCCCUUCCAAUGAUAUACAGCAAAUAGUUUAUAGUUUAAUAACCAUGUGUUUAAAAAUCAUUGUUACAUAAUAGAGAAAAAUAACUAGCAUGACAAAGUCAUGAAUUCAUGAGUGCUGUUACUCCGAAUGGUUCUAACUUUUAAGCAUGUCAAUAUAAUUGAUACAAAGCAAAAUACUUAGUAUGAGUAGAAUGCAGCAAAAUUUUCAAGAGAAGUUGUCCAGUGAUGACAGUUUGGGAACUGGACAGGUAGGGGUCGCGUUUAGAACAGACAGAAUUAUCCUUGGUGGUGGCUGAGCCUUGUCUUUGUAACACCCCGCUGACCACAUGUAUGGCCUCUUGAUCUGAGUCAGUGAUCUGGAACGCUUUCCCCACGUUACUACCGUUCUUCAUAUGGGAAACCAGUCCCCUUUACUAGCAUCUGCUUUACAAUCUGGUUUCUUGGGGGCGGGUUGUUGAGAGACAGGUUUGUCUGUAUGGAGAAUGAUGCUAUAAAGGAUUGUACAUUAAUCACAUUUUUAUUACUGUAAAACCUAAAUGGUCUUC